AUGGAGAACUUAGCUCCGGUCUCGGGGUUCGGCGGUGCGAGCGUGGCAAACACGGUGAUAUCGGCGGCGCGUAACGCGAGGGCACACCACGGGAACUGCGAGCGUAUGGCGGCGCAGGUGAGGAUGAUAGGAAAGCUGUUGGAGAAGCUGAAAUCGACGGAGGUGGCGAACUUGCCGGCGACGAAGGAACCGUUGGAUGGUUUAGAAGAGGCUCUGAAGAAUGCGUUGGAUUUGGUGGAGAGUUGCAAAGAUAAGAGUUACUUGUACAUGCUUGCCAUGGGUUGGAGCGUGGUGCAUCAGUUCCGUCAAGUCCAAGCCCAGAUCGAUCGCUACCUUGGACUUGUGCCUCUCAUUUCUCUUGUAUAUCACUAUCGUACGCAGCCUUUCAGCGAAGAGGAUCAAAGGGAAUACACUCUGGAUGAAGAAGAUAUGGAGGCCCAAAACGUGAUAUUGAAGACUAAUCGAUCUAAAAAGGAUGCAGAUAUACUGGAGAAGUCCUUGUCCCGUAGGUACCCAGAUUUGGGGUUCCACGAGGCUCUUGAUGAGGAGAAAGAAAAAUUACACGCUAAACUACAGAGAUCAAGAACCAAUAAUGACCCAGAACAAUGCAGGGUAAUUGAACAUCUUAUUGAAGUCACAAAAAAUGUUGUCAACAUGUCACCUAAGAAGAAGGUUACAAAAAUUGUAGUCAGUGAACCAACUUGCUUGGUUUCAGGGCAUAUAAUUAAUAAUGCAAAAGGCUCUGAGGACCUUGAGUUGGAAUCUGGAGAUAAAAGUCAAUCAGAAUGGAAGACUGAUCUCUUUGGUUGCUGUCGCUUGAAGACCUGCUUCUUCCCUUGUGGAACAUUUUCUUGGAUAGCUAACGUGGUUACGAGAGGAGAAACUUGUAAGUUUAUGUGGCUUACUCCAUCUUUUGCUGCUGCUGCUGUUAUUCUUGUUGCAUAA